AGAUGCAGGGAACUAUAUGUGUGUGGCCACCAACGAUGCUGGGGUGGUGGAGAAGAGUGUCACUCUCACCCUGCAGAGCUCUCCCUCUAUCACAGUAGAGCCGGUAGAGACGGUGGUAGACGCUGGCACCACGGUGCUACUGAGCUGCCGGGCGGAAGGGGAGCCCACUCCUGUCAUCGAGUGGUCCCGCCAGGGGAGCCCUCUCCUGGGCAACGAGCGCUUCACCACCCUGUCCAACGGCUCUCUGAGGCUGACCAGCGCCCAGAAGGAGGACACGGCCGAGUACCAGUGUGUGGCCAGGAACCUCCUGGGUUCUGUGCUGGUCAGAGUCACUCUCACUGUCAGAGUGCACGGAGGGUUCUCAGAGUGGAUGGAGUGGGGCCCCUGCAGUGUGUCCUGUGGUGUCGGGACCCAGCGGAGGCUGAGGCAGUGUAACAACCCCCUGCCUGCCAACGGGGGUCGCCACUGUACCAAUUCAGACACAGAGACACGCAGCUGCCAGGGCAAGCCCUGUCCAGUGAAUGGUAACUGGUCAGAGUGGUCGUCGUGGGAAGAGUGUUCUCGUACCUGUGGCCAGGGCAACAGGACCAGGGUGCGCACCUGCACCAACCCCUCCGUGCAGCAUGGGGGCAGACCCUGUGAGGGCAAGGCAGUGGAGGCCAUCAUGUGUAGCAUCAGGCCCUGCCCUGUGGCAGGUAACUGGGGGGCGUGGUUGCCAUGGAGCUCAUGCAGUGAGACGUGCGGUAAAGGAAUGCAGACCAGAGUGCGUCUGUGUAACAACCCCCCUUCCUCAUUCCACGGGCCACCGUGUGAGGGCCCCGACACACAGACACAACUCUGCAAGGAGAGACACUGUCCUGUGGAUGGGAAGUGGUCAUCGUGGGUGAGCUGGGGGGCCUGCAGUGUCUCCUGUGGGGGUGGAACCAGACAACGGACACGCCUCUGUGCCAGCCCCGCCCCGCAGCACAGGGGCAGGCAGUGUGAGGGUAACGACGUGCACAUCGACUUCUGCAACAGUGACCCGUGCCCUGUUAAUGGUAACUGGGGUCUGUGGAGUAGUUGGGGCAGCUGCAGCAGGACGUGUAAUGGAGGACAGAUGAAGCGCUACAGAACAUGUGACAACCCCAGACCCGCCAAUGGGGGCAGAGCAUGUGCCGGGGCAGACUCACAGAUACAGAGGUGCAGCACAGCCAGCUGCCCUGUGGAUGGUAACUGGGGAGCGUGGCAGCCCUGGGGAGAAUGCUCCGUCUCCUGUGCGGGCGGAGAGAGAACUCGAGUCAGACUCUGUAAUAACCCGUCGCCUAGCAACGAGGGCCGCCUCUGCCCAGGAGACUCCACCCAGGUGUCCAGGUGUAACGGCCAAACGUGUCCAGGCGGGCCUCAGAAGGCGAGAGGCAGCAUCAUAGGAAACAUUAACGACGUGGAGUUUGGAAUUGCCAUCCUCAACGCCACCAUCUCUGACAACCAAUCAGGAGGCAGGGUUAUACACGCCACCAUCUCCAAUGUGCCCCGGAGCCUGGGCCCCGCUAUGAGGAAGCUGAUCUCCAUCCUGAACUCCAUCUAUUGGACGACGGCCCAGGAGCUAGGGGAGGCAGUGAACGGCUACUCUCUGACCAGAGGUGUGUUCAGGAGGGAGACGCAGGUGGAGUUCGCCACAGGUGAGAUCCUGAGGAUGACCCAUGUGGCUCGGGGGCUGGACUCAGACGGAGCACUGCUAUUGGAUAUCGUGCUGAAUGGACACGUUCUGCAGCUGCCGUCUAAUGCUGACAUCAGCGUCAAGGACUACACAGAGGACUACAUUCAGACUGGUCCAGGUCAGCUGUAUGCUCUAUCCACCCGGAUGUUCAGUAUUGAUCGGGUCAGUGUGCCCUACUCCUGGAACCACACAAUCACCUACGACCCUGACAAGGGAAAGAUGCCCUACCUGGUGGAGACGCUCCAUGCCUCGGCCAUCAGCGCCCACUACCACCCCCUAGAGGAAGUCCUGGAAUACAAGCUCCACGCCACCAUCACCAAGGGUGAUCGUAGUAACCAGUGUCCCGUUGGCUUCAGGCUGGACUCUGCAGGACCCUACUGUGCAGAUGAGGAUGAGUGUAAGGAGAGGAGCCCUUGUUCUCAUGUCUGUCACAAUGCCAUGGGAACCUACUAUUGCUCAUGUCCCCGAGGACUCACCAUCUCAGCUGACGGCAGGACCUGUCAGGACAUUGAUGAGUGUUCUCUGGGUGGGCACAUGUGCCAUGACGGGCAGGACUGUGAGAACACCAUUGGCUCCUACCGCUGUGUGAUGCGCUGUGGGCGGGGCUUCAGAAGGACAGCCGAUGGACACAGUUGCCAAGAUAUUAAUGAGUGCCAGGAGUCUAACCCGUGUAACCAGCACUGUCUGAACACCAUCGGUAGCUACCGCUGUGCCUGUGAGCCCGGGUACCAACUCAGGAACCGCCGCUGUAUAGACAUAAAUGAGUGCAGACAGAGGGUGUGUCGUUCAGACCAGCAGUGUAAGAACAUGCGGGGAAGCUACACCUGUAUUGACCUUUGCCCUGCUGGCAUGACCAAAGGUGCCAACGGGACGUGUGUGGAUAUAGAUGAAUGCAGAGACGGGACCCACCAGUGCAGAUACAACCAGAUCUGUGAGAACAGCAGAGGGAGCUACCAUUGUACCUGCCCCAGAGGCUAUCGCUCUCAGGGUGUAGGACGCCCCUGUGUGGACAGUAAUGAGUGUGAGCAUGCGCCCCAGCCCUGCGCGCACCAGUGCCUCAACACCCCCGGCAGCUUCAAGUGUGUGUGCCCGCCAGGGCGCCACCUGCUUGGGGAUGGAAAGUCCUGCGCGGGGCUGGAGAAGCUGCCUCCCAGCUACCAGAGCUUCUCAUACGGCUACAGCUCCUCCCAGGACUCCCCUGAGCGGAGCGCCUUCCAGCGCCAGUACCACAGCCUGGCCUCUCAGAGCUACCCCUCCUACGCUGCCACAGGGGGGCGCUAUAGGCAGCGUAGACGCAGGGAGGCCCUGGCCUGUCCGCAGGGGUACGAGGCCAGGGGUGGCCGUUGCCUAGACAUCAACGAGUGUGAGGUGAGGGACACGUGCCAGCAUGAGUGUAUGAACACUCCAGGGAGCCAUAGGUGUCAGUGUCCGGCCGGCUACCGCCUCAUGACCAACGGAAAGACCUGCCAAGAUAUAGAUGAGUGUCUGGAGCAGAAUGUCCAGUGCGGGACCAACAGGAUGUGCUUUAACAUGAGAGGAAGUUACCAGUGUAUCGAUACACCCUGCCCACCUAACUACCAGAGAGACCCAGCAACAGGGUUCUGUCUGAAGAAAUGCCCUCCCAACGACCUGGAGUGUGCACUAAGCCCUUACGCACUGGAGUACAAGCUGCUGUCCCUCCCCUUUGGCAUUGCGGCCAAUCAGGACCUGAUCCGGCUGGUGGCGUACACGCAGGACGGCGUGGUGCACCCCCGUACCUCCUUCCUGGUGGUGGACGAGGACGUGACGUUACCCUUCGCACUGCGAGACGAAAACCUGAAAGGGGUGCUGUUCACAACCAGGGCCCUCCGAGAGCCCCACACCUUCAGGAUGAAGGUGCGCUCCCUGUCCUACAGCGCUGACGGAGGCAUCGAGUACCAGACCACCUUCAUCGUCUACAUCGCCGUCUCCGCCUACCCCUACUGAGAGCACUUUAAAACGACGGUGUAAAAGGGGGGGCACUGAAAAGGUUGCGACCUCUGUAUGCAGCACCACUGCGAACGAGCAUGUGCGUGGAUGUAUGUAUGUGUGUGUGUGUGUGGUUGGUUGGUUGGUAAAGCUGCAACAUAAGUAAAUGGGAACUAGUAGAAAAAGACUGUUCGUAUAUGAGAACUACUAAGGUGGGACAGGAGAACAGCACUGCAAUCCCAAGAAGCAGAUUAGGAAAUGACUCAACACUUGCACCUGGUGCACACCAAAGAGUUUAAAGAAUAGCGAGUUCCCCUCGGAUGGAAGUAAACAUCUAUUUAUUGGCCAGAUAUCCUAAAUAGAAUCCUGUUCUCUCCAAUGUUAAGGUGCUUUGUGGAUCUAGAAUGAAUUGUUUGACCCUCUUGUACUUUACAACGCCCUCUCCCGUCCACAAGGUGAUCUUUACAGAUGACUCAGACUGCUUCUCCAGGUCCCAUGAUGAGUCCACCGUUGGCCCAGAAUGUAGUCUUCCUCCCCUCCUCCUCAGGCUUAAAGUGGUAGAGACAAGAAACAUUAGCUAGCCUUUAUUUACAUCUACCUAUUAACUUAUUGGGAAGUGCUUGAAUACCAAAAAAAAGGGUCAGUUCCCUCCUUUGCUCAACUCUUGGCUGGUUGGUCGCAGAAUGUUGUGACAUCAGACCCGGAGAACAGAGCAAGUCAUUUGAUUGGUCCGAAAUGGUGCCUGUAGAGACUUGUUGGCGAGAGGAGUUUGGCUGUCUAUCAGUCAAACUCAGACUUAGAUAGACAUUGCAUCAUUGUAUCACAUAAUCUCUAUGGUCAAACUCUUGCCCACCUCAGGUAAUCACCCCUCUUCCUCAUCCCCAGAGUACCCAACACACUCGUCCUCCAUUAGCAGUGUGUCCGAUAGGAACAGUAGUAGUCAUUGCUUCAUUACAGUCAAUACAAUCACAACAUUAAAGGUUCAUAGGAUUCUUUUAACCACUUCAUCCAUAGUCAGUUACCAAGAUGUAUUCUAUUUUUAUGAUUUGUAUAGAAGUGUUUGGUUUUUCUUGUAAUGUAUUUCUAUACUGUAUUUUACUGUAUUACAUUUUUAUAAAAAAUAAAAGAUAUACAAUCAUGAUAGA